UUUCUCUUCAGUGUAAACGGAAGUGAACAGUGACCAAGAACAAUUUCCACUUUAGCGUUUUAAUUUGUUAUUUAGACGUUUAUUAACACCAUGGAACUCAGCAUAUUACUACUUUAACUGCACGGCAUCACAUACUUACUUCAGGUAGUGUUUAAUUCCCGUUGGAGAAAGGGCUUGGUUAAUAGAUGUUAUCUAGGUAACGCUAGCUAACAAUGGCUAACUGUAUGGUUUUUCACACUCAAAUAGCCUCCAUCAUGGAGGUGUUAGCAAAUGCAGCCGUGGCAGAGAUCUGUAAACUCGUAGACGACGACUAUGCAGUGAUCCGUUUGGAAAUGUCUCAAAGCCAGAAAGAAAACAGGGGAUUGCGGAGGAAACUACAGCUACUGGAACUGAAGGUGGCGCGGGAGCGCGCAGAGCGCGUCCUCGCCAGUCGUCCCAGUAGUGUCAAGAUCCUCGACCGAUACAGAGGAAUGGCAAGAGGUGAAGGACAUCUCACUGGAGGCCACAGGGGCUUUGUGAAGCCAGUGGGACACAAUCCAUGGAGAGAUGACCAACCAAUCACUGUUGAUGAGGGGAGUGGAACCUCAACCCAGCAUGUUAUCGUUAUAGAGUAUGCAGAUGCAGAGGCUGCAGGUCCUGGGGUUAAGCAGGAGAGGUCUGAAGGAGAGGAGAACAAACGACACAACAUAGACAUCCAGACUGGAGCAGCGGCUGGAGUGGUUCCACCUGUGGCUACAGAGAACUCUUCCACCACCCCAUCGCAGCCCAGGACGCGACGCAGCAUCACGGAGGUCAGUGGAACGCUGAACGCCGUCCUCAAGUCAGAGACCGACACAGAGACUUUAAUUGUAACACAAAGGCUUUUGCACACAGGAUCUGACCACAGAUCAGACCCAGAGAGACUGGGGCCACUGGGCUGUUCUCCUGCUCCCAGUUCAGAGUAUUUACUUUACGGUAACCCAAGCCCGAGGACGGUUCAUUCUCAUCAGGACUCAGGUGACACGUUAGAGACUGGCAAUGAUCCGUCUUGUUCUUACACUACAGAGCUGGACACUGGCAAAAUCCCCUUGGGUUUAGAGACACAGACUGUUCUCUCUAGAGGGGAUUGGAACCAGUACAGUAGUAGUGUAUACUCUGAAGGGUGUGUAGAGGGUCUGGUCAUAGAUAACGUGACUGUGAAAGUGGAGGGCGAUGUCCCUCCCACAUGGAAUCCAGAUAGUCACCUAGGAGACGGACACUCACAGGGCAGAGAUUUCUUAGAAAACAGGGAAAGCUUGGAGACAAAUCCAAAUGUCGUUACCCACUCCCCUUUACACGCAUUCAGCGGUCGCGACCCAGUGUCCACGUCGAUGCGGCCUUCCGAUUCGCACAGCCGUGUCCUUUUCGAUCAGGUAUUGAACUCAAACGACAGGGCUAGAGCCCAGGCUCAGGGAGUGGGAGCCACGUCAGGCAAUAGUAAAGAGAAACGGUUCCUGUACAAUGUCUGUAACAAAGGCUUCAGCUGCACCCAGAAGGUGGACAUCCACCAGAGGGUCCACACAGAGGAGAAACCAUUCAUCUGUACCCAGUGUCACAUGCGCUUCGCCCAAGCUGGCACCCUGAAGAGGCACCAGAGGGUCCACACAGGAGAGAAACCCUUCAAAUGUACCCAGUGUCACAUGCGCUUCGCCCAGGCCGGUGACCUGAAGAGGCACCAGAGGGUCCACACGGGGGAGAAACCCUUCAGGUGCCCCCAGUGUGAGAAGAGGUUCUCUCGCCAGGACCAGCUGAAGAUGCACCUGAAGAUCCACAUGGAAGAAAGGCCGUUUGCGUAGUUACCUCAGGGUGCACCAGCAGAAUAACCAUUCCACUCUAUAACAGACCAAGAACGUAACCAUUUCUACUUGAUACUGUUGCUUCUGAUAUUUAGAUCAAAUUCUGCAUUAAAGACAAAGGUGAAUUUUCAUUGUUGUCAACAGAACAGAUCCACAGAUGCAUUUGGAAUAACAAGAGUAACAGAUUUCAGUGUUGAAUAUUCCUGGGUAGAAUAUUGCAUCCAGACAUUGUGUGAUAUAUAAGGCAUAUUAUAAGCCUUAAGUCUGUUACAUAAUGUGUUUGUACUGUUUAGGCUAUAUGUUUUAUUACUUCCAUUCAACUACUUCAAUUGUUUCCCAAGACACUUUCUAUUUGUUAUUAAAAAAAAUAAAAAAAAUACCCCCUUUUUUUUCACCAAUUUCGUCAUAUCCAAUUGUUAGUUACAGUCUUGUCUCAUCACUGCAACUCCCGUACGGACUCGGAAGAGGCGAAGGUCGAAACACAACCCCGCCAAGCCGCACCAAUGUGUCGGAGGAAACACCGAACACCUGGCGUGCACUGCGCCCGGGCCGUCACAGGAGUCGCCAGGACUUCCCGUCCAGCCAUACUCUCCCCUAACACGGACGACGCUGGGCCAAUUGUGCAUCGCCUCAUGGGUCUCCCGGAGAUGGCCGGCUGCGACACAGCCCGGUAUCGAACCAGGAUCUAUAGUAACGCAGUUAGCAGUGCGAUGCAGAGUUACACCGCUGCGCCACUCGUGAGGCCCCCAAGACACUCCUAAUGAGAAAAUAUAUGUGUAUUUAUUGUUGAUACGUGUAUGUGUGGUUUUCAUAUGGUGUAUUUAACACUUGUUUGUGAAGCCCUUUAGACUCGUAUCUGUAUACAGGUUGAAAGUGGCAGAUUUGGCCACUGAUAAGCACCUAAAUUCUAAUGCAGUGACUGUACAGUAAUAUGCUAUAAAUGACGUCAGUGCUCAGGCUCGGUUUGGGUUUUGACUGACAGCUGUUCUGAACUUGAGCACAACACGCAACAAGUUGCCCCCAUCACUCCCGCUAAUUUGGCAACGUUUUUGUUGUCUGAGUGAAGGAAAUGCUGUAAAUUAAGAGGACUCAAUCUAUUUUGAAAGAUGAGAUGUUAAGGAUUAUAAUAAAUACC